AUGCCACCCUCUAUAAUGGGGAACAAAAAACUCUAUCUAGGUAAAUGCGUCCGAGGAAAUACUUGUCCAUACGUUCAUGACCCAGACAGGGUGGCGAUAUGCCCUAAAUUUCUGCAAAACAACUGUUCAGAUGGAGACUCUUGCGAUCUCUCACAUAUCCCCAACCCCCAUCGCGUCCCCGCUUGUCUUCACUUCUUAAGAGGUAACUGUUCCAAUGAGAGCUGCAAGUACGCUCAUGUCAGAGUCAACCCGUCCGCGCCGAUAUGCCGACCUUUUGCAAAAGAGGGGUACUGCGACAAAGGGGCUGAUUGCCUCGACAAACAUGUUUUUGAGUGUCCAGACUUCGAUGCGAAAGGUGUUUGUAAUGAUAAAGCAUGCAAGCUACCCCAUAUCGAGCAUGCUGGUAGGAGGCGAGCUGCAGCAGCCGCUGCCGCUGCGAAGGCAAAACAGGCAGACGGCGAUAGCGAUGUCUCCAGCGACGAGGAUGAAGAAGACGAAGAGGAGGAAGAGGACCAGUUCGGUAGUGACGAUGUGGACUCUGACUACUUUAGUGACAGCGAGGUAAUCUUGCAAACCUCGGACGACGGCCACGAAGUCUCCCAACAAGCGGAUUUCAUCCGGUUUUGA